AUGGCGGGCUCUCAAUCUGCUAAUGGACUGUCGAAGCAGAUGGAGAAGAUGAAUGUCAGUGGCAAGAGUCGUGCCGAUGCUCCCCGUUACACACCACCACACCGCAAGUACGCUCAAGCAAACAAGUCUUCCGAGUCGAGCACAACUACGCCGGCCAGAGUCGCAAAUCAGUCGCCAGCACCCACACUCGCCAGCACUGAGAAGUCUGUUGCCUCUGAGACUGUCGCUUCUACACGGUCUGAGGCAGUAAUGGAGAGUAAGACUACGCCUGUCGCUGCAACAGACAACGCCUCCGAGUCAAAGCCCGAGCCCAAGCCAGCAACCAGUCGCAUAGCUCCUCACCACAAACACACCAAACCCAUCGUCAAAGUAGCAGAUUCAUGGGAACAAGAAGAAGAAGAAACACUCUCAGAACCCGAACCUCCAAACACCACCAGCUCCAACACCUCCAAACCCGCCAUCAAGUCCACCGAAGAACCAGCCCCGGUGCCCAAAUCAACAUACCUCCCUCCCCACCUCAAAUACCGCUCUGCCGCUCCCUCGCCAUCAAGCCGCAGUGUCACACCACCUUCACGCAGCACCACACCCUCUUCAAGCACAUCCUCCGAGCGCCGCCCUGAGAAGACAAACGCGGUUGCUCACCGCUUGAUCGCUGGAGCCCUGGGUGUCAAAGUGCCUAGAAGAACAGAAGAACAGAGAGCCUACGACAAAUCCAUGCGCGAGCAAGAGAAGAGAAAGAGAGAUCAGGAGAGAGAGGCCAAGAAAAAGGCAGAAGAAGAUGCUGCAAAGGCAAAGGCUGCUAUUUGGGAUGAUUGA